AUGGAUUCAAAGGACAAGUCAAACAGACCAUCAAACACUGCGUUUAAGCAGCAGAGGAUGAAGGCGUGGGAGCCAAUCCUGACGCCAACGCCAGUUAUUAUCACGUUCAUUGUGAUCGGAGUUAUCUUCAUCCCGAUUGGAGCCGUGAUGAUCAGCGCAUCGAACAACGUCGUCGAGUCGACGCUACAGUACGACAAGAUUUGCCAGGUUGGCACUACAUGCAACUUCACCAUGUCGAUACCAAAGAAGAUGAAGGCACCCGUCUAUAUGUACUACAGGCUCGACAACUUCUACCAGAACCACCGUCGCUACGUCAAGUCGCGAAACGACGACCAGCUGCGCGGCCUCAGGGUGACCGAUUAUAAUAAGCUCAAGACAGACUGCGACCCAUACACGUCGGUGGACGGCACGCUCAAGACCGUCUACCUGCCCUGCGGUCUCAUUGCCAGAAGCAUGUUCAACGACACGUUCUCCCUGUCGCAGACGGACGGCUCCAUCAUCCCCUUAGUCAAGAAGGGCAUUGCCUGGUCGUCCGACGUCGACAAGAAGUUCAAGAACCCACCAGCCGAUGUCGAGGGUGUCAGAAUCAUCCAGGACUUUACCGACGAGGACUUUAUCGUCUGGAUGAGAACCGCCGGUCUCCCAGACUUUAGGAAACUGUACAGAAUCAUCAACCAAGACCUCCCAGCUGGAAAUGUCAACGUAUCCAUUGUUGCCAACUACCCUGUUGAGUCAUUCGAUGGAAAGAAGUAUGUUGUCCUCUCAACAGCCACUUGGAUCGGAGGCAAGAACCCAUUCUUGGGCUACGCCUAUAUUGUCGUUGGUGUAAUUUGUUUCUUCCAGGGCAUUGGUUUCUUGAUCAAGCAUAAGGUCGCACCAAGAAAGCUCGGUGAUACCAAGUACUUGGAAUGGAGUACUAAAUAA